AUGCAGCCAAGACCCCGUCCGAGCCGUUGCCGUCUUCACCUGCGCGCUUGUCAGCAGAGUCUGUUCUUGCCGACGCCCAUCCGUUCCUAUUCUAGCCUGCGACAACAAACGGACGAAACGCAUGGCCACAAGAGUCAAAAUCAUUGUAAAUAUCGACAACAGAGCCGCCUGGAAUCCUUUCAAAGUCAUCUGCUCAGUGCCCUGAGGACCCCGGCCCGCUCUCGUACCCACCACCAUCUGGCCCCCGCAUGCUUUCCGUCGUUUCGCCUUACCAACUUCGCACAUCACAUUCGCAAGUCGUUGCCACAACCUCUGUCCAUCGAGCGCUUUCUUCUCGCCCCUUUUGGUUCUGUCUCUGUCUGUCUGUCUCUCUCUGUCUGUCUCUCUCUCCACAUCUGGCUGCAUUCGAAGCUGUCCAAGGAGAUUUCUGCUCCUGCCCUUUCUGAUGCCAACGUCAUGUUGCCCAAACACCGAGAUGGGGACGAGGGUGUGGCUCUAGCAACUGCGGAGCUGGCUGCGUUCCGCACGAUUGCAUGCCUGCGCCCUGCCACUCCACCAGACUACUUGUGGACGAUUCUCAAGCUUCAAGGUGAUACCUAG